AUGCGUUCAAUUUUCUUUAUUUUCCUAGCAUUUGCGCUGAUUUGUGUGAUUGUGGCAGAUGAUUCCCAUAAUGGAGACGACCGCGUACGCCGUGACGACGACAGGGAGAAGAGAGAUGGCGAUGCUGAAAAAGGUCAACCCGCUCGCCGUGACUUAAAGAGAAUAGAUAGAGAUGCCAAGGAUCCAAGCAGCCGCGCUCGUCGUCUCGAUUUGUUACGUCACCAGAGAAGCGACGACGAGGCGCAACAGGACCAUCAAGAGGAAAAGAGAGAUGGCAAUGACCAAGGAGCUCAACGUGAACGCCGUGACGACAAGGAGGCCGGAGCUCAACGUGAACGCCGUGACGGCGAUGAGCAUCUAGCUCAACGUGAACGCCGUGACGACAAGGAGGCCGGAGCUCAACGUGAACGCCGUGACGGUGAUGAGCUUGUAGCUCAACGUGAACGCCGUGACGACAAGGAGGCAGGAGCUCAACGUGAACGCCGUGACGGCGAUGAGCAUCUAGCUCAACGUGAACGUCGUGACGGCGAUGAGCAUGUAGCUCCACGUGAACGCCGUGACGGCGAUGAGCAUGUAGCUCAACGUGAACGCCGUGACGACAAGGAGGCCGGAGCUCAACGUGAACGCCGUGACGACAAGGAGGCAGGAGCUCAACGUGAACGCCGUGACGGCGAUGAGCAUGUAGCUCAACGUGAACGCCGUGACGACAAGGAGGCAGGAGCUCAACGUGAACGCCGUGACGACAAGGAGGCCGGAGCUCAACGUGAACGCCGUGACGGCGAUGAGCAUGUAGCUCAACGUGAACGCCGUGACGACAAGGAGGCCGGAGCUCAACGUGAACGCCGUGACGACAAGGAGGCAGGAGCUCAACGUGAACGCCGUGACGGCGAUGAGCAUGUAGCUCCACGUGAACGCCGUGACGACAAGGAGGCCGGAGCUCAACGUGAACGCCGUGACGGCGAUGAGCAUCUAGCUCAACGUGAACGCCGUGACGACAAGGAGGCCGGAGCUCAACGUGAACGCCGUGACGGCGAGGAGCAGCUAGCUCAACGUGAACGCCGUGACGACAAGGAGGCAGGAGCUCAACGUGAACGCCGUGACGGCGAUGAGCAUGUAGCUCAACGUGGACGCCGUGACGACAAGGAGGCAGGAGCUCAACGUGAACGCCGUGACGACAAGGAGGCAGGAGCUCAACGUGAACGCCGUGACGACAAGGAGGCAGGAGCUCAACGUGAACGCCGUGACGGCGAUGAGCAUCUAGCUCAACGUGAACGCCGUGACGACAAGGAGACCGGAGCUCAACCUCAACGUGAACGCCGUGACGACAAGGAGGCAGGAGCUCAACGUGAACGCCGUGACGACAAGGAGGCAGGAGCUCAACGUGAACGCCGUGACGGCGAUGAGCAUGUAGCUCAACGUGAACGCCGUGACGACAAGGAGGCAGGAGCUCAACGUGAACGCCGUGACGACAAGGAGGCAGGAGCUCAACGUGAACGCCGUGACGACAAGGAGGCAGGAGCUCAACGUGAACGCCGUGACGGCGAUGAGCAUGUAGCUCCACGUGAACGCCGUGACGACAAGGAGGCCGGAGCUCAACGUGAACGCCGUGACGGCGAUGAGCAUCUAGCUCAACGUGAACGCCGUGACGACAAGGAGAUCGGAGCUCAACGUGGACGCCGUGACGGUGAUGAGCAUCUAGCUCAACGUGAACGCCGUGACGACAAGGAGGCCGGAGCUCAACGUGAACGCCGUGACGGCGAUGAGCAUGAGCUCAACGUGAACGCCGUGACGACAAGGAGGCAGGAGCUCAACGUGAACGCCGUGACGACAAGGAGGCAGGAGCUCAACGUGAACGCCGUGACGGCGAUGAGGCAGGGAGCUCAACGUGAACGCCGUGACGACAAGGAGGCCGGAGCUCAACGUGAACGCCGUGACGGCGAGGAGGCCGGAGCUCAACGUGAACGCCGUGACGACAAGGAGGCCGGAGCUCAACGUGAACGCCGUGACGACAAGGAGGCAGGAGCUCAACGUGAACGCCGUGACGACAAGGAGGCCGGAGCUCAACGUGAACGCCGUGACGGCAAUGAGCAGGUAGCUCCACGUGAACGCCGUGACGACAAGGAGGCAGGAGCUCAACGUGAACGCCGUGACGGCGAUGAGCAUCUAGCUCAACGUGAACGCCGUGACGGCGAUGAGCAUGUAGCUCCACGUGAACGCCGUGACGACAAGGAGGCCGGAGCUCAACGUGAACGCCGUGACGGCGAUGAGCAUCUAGCUCAACGUGAACGCCGUGACGACAAGGAGGCCGGAGCUCAACGUGAACGCCGUGACGACAAGGAGGCAGGAGCUCAACGUGAACGCCGUGACGACAAGGAGGCCGGAGCUCAACGUGAACGCCGUGACGGCGAUGAGCAUGUAGCUCAACGUGAACGCCGUGACGACAAGGAGGCCGGAGCUCAACGUGAACGCCGUGACGGCGAUGAGCAUGUAGCUCAACGUGAACGCCGUGACGGCGAUGAGCCUGUAGCUCAACGUGAACGCCGUGACGACAAGGAGGCAGGAGCUCAACGUGAACGCCGUGACGGCGAUGAGCAUGUAGCUCAACGGGAACGCUCAACAGAUGCUGAUACGGAUGCUGAACGUGUUCGUCGCGCUCUUCGUCGUAAAGCAAGAGAUGACGAUAGCGAUGAU